UCUUCGGAGGACUCGUACUCCUCGGACUCCGAGAUCGAGGUGAACACGCCGGCGACCAGGUGAGCACACCGCUCUCUUGCCACCAUUUGCGCCCUUGUUUAGUUGCUUCGCUUUAUCUGAUAUCCUUGUCCUGCAGAGCCGAUGCCCGCCGCAUGUUCGACGGAAUGCCUCCCGGGGUCGACCGCAUCGGCGCCCUCCCGGACGGGGUCCUCCACUACCUCCUGUCCUUCCUCCCGGUGCAGGAGACCGUGCGGACGUGCGUGCUCGCCCAGCGCUGGCGCCACCUCUGGAAGUCCACCACAGGCCUGUGCAUAGUCGGCGCUAAGGGUGCUGGAUCUGUCCGGGAUCUCCGCAAGUUCGUGGACCAUCUGCUGAUCCUGCGUGAGCGCACGGACCUAGACACUGUUCAUAUCGGAUUCAGCAAAUUCCGUGAAGAGGAUGUGCCCUUUGUCAACCUAUGGAUCCGUUUUGCUGUGCAGAGCAAAGUUAGUGUGCUCUCCGUUAUUCACACCAACGUUAACCAACCUUUCCACCUAGAUGGCCUGCCUCUUGCUUCCUGGUAUCUGAAGACAUUAGUCAUUCACGGUGUACUCCUACAUGGAACAUUUCUUGAUUUCUCCAGUUGUCCAGCAUUGGAGUAUCUGAAGAUUAGCUCUUGUGUCAUCCAUGCUAGCAAGAUAGGGUUCCGGUCCCUGCAGCAUUUGAGAAUCUUUCGUUGCCGGUCCUUUCUAGAUCACCGGAUCCGGGUUUCUGCUCCAUGCCUCGUCUCUUUGAAAUUAGAUGGCUUUUCAGGUAGAACCCCAUUGCUUGAAAGAAUGCCACUGUUGGAGACGGCAUUUCUGAAUCUUGGCGCUAGUUUGCACGAUACCUCAGAUGACAUAUGUCUACAUUAUAGCCGCUCUGGUGUUUUCUGUGGUGCCAAUGAUGUUAGCUGUGCGAAUUGUCUUUACGAUGAUGGAAGCACCAAUAGUAGUGUUCUUCUUGGAGCUAUCUACAAUGCUGAGCACCUGGAGUUGAUAUCUUCAUCAGGAAUGAUUAUUUUUACUAGGGAUUUGAAAAGGUGCCCUACAUUCAACAACCUAAGGAACUUAUUACUCAAUGACUACUGGUGCGUGGGUCCUGACUUCAGUGCACUAACUUGCAUCCUCAAGCACUCUCCAGUUCUAGAGAAGCUCACUCUUCAACUUGUAUCCGAGGAAUUAAGAACCAAUGUGGAAAUGAAAGGAAGCUACAGUUCAACAGAGAGAUCUACUGUAAUACCACAACACCUGAAGAUAGUCCAUGUCAAGUGUUAUGUGGUUGAUGAGAAAGUUGCCGAAGUUCUGAAGUUCCUGUGCACACUUAACCUACGAUUCUGUUUUGUGUAAGGCUGAGCAGAAUCAGUUGAUGGUAGCCUCAUCAAGUACCUUCUCUCGCCUACUCCAUACCGGAAGGCUCUGCAGUUUUAAAAAUAGUGGAAGGCUUCAGCAUGAUGGAGCGAUGCUGUCAUAUUUUGCGGUCUUUUGUCUAUGGACCAUGGGUAUGUUAUGUGAGUUCCGCUUAGAGGACCUGUCUUACAGCUUUAGAUAUCGUCCAGUUGGGCCUGAUUCAUCAAAUGAUGUACUCCGCACACGCUUUUGGUUCGUACUGAUUGAAUGUGCUUGGGCACAGAA